GAUAAUUUAUGUGUUGAAAUGUUGCAUUCGUGUGGGAAAACAGAAAUCGGCCUGUCUCUCAGAUUAACAAGACUGACAAACGUUGGCUUUAAUAGAAGAAGAAUCUCAAAAGGAAGGGGUUUGACACACUCCCGAAAACAGCUUUGAUAUCGGGAUAGGUUGUGACAGCGAGCAUGGAUCCGGAAUGUAACGCCUUACAAAUAAAGUUACAGCAAGAAGAUUUGCAGCUGUCACGGGAUUAUGAAACAGAGAUGUGCCAGACUCUGAGAUUACAGGUAUCAGAUCUCCAGAAGAGACUUGAGGAGAAGGACAACAAACUCACUGAGGCGAACAAGGUGAUCAGAGCACUGAGGGAUGAAGUGCAGACACUGCAGCAACAGCUGGAGCAGCACAGACGGAAGUAUCGUGACUAUGUAAUUGGACAGAAAGACCAGCAAUGUCAAUCUGGAAGAGCAAAUGACAUCACUAGACCGGUACAUGCAGAACCAUGUGAAGCCACGGGAACUGUUCCAUCAGACUGUCGUCCCAGUGAGUCUGGUUCCUCAGAUGCAGGAAUGUCACAUAAGCACCAGGAUUUUGCCUCACAGGACCCUGUGCCGGUGAUCAUCAGUGAUGAGGGUGAUGUCGAUGAUGAUGAUGAUGAUGAUGACUCCCUACGUUAUGAUGAGGAUGAGAGUGAUGAUGAUAAUGAUGACGACGUUGAUUAUGACCCAGAAAGUGCAAGAGGAUCCAGCUUCUCAGAUGAAGAAGAAAUGUCAUCUGCUACUGAAGCUGAAACAAAACCCCCACGGACCAAUUCGCUCAAGCGCAAAAGGCACAAAAAAGCAUAUAUAAGGAAACCCUGCGAAUGUGACGUGUGCGGGAAAAUAAUUUCUGGUCGGUCAAAUCUCAAGUUUCACAAAAUGCUACACACGGGAGAACGGCCGCAUGCCUGUGCUGAGUGUGGAAAAACAUUCAGCCAUCCAAGUGGCUUACUACAGCAUCAGAAAGUCCAUACAAAGGAAAGACCGUACAAGUGCUCACUUUGCCCCAAAGCCUUCUCACAGCCAUCCAAAUUAAGGAUACACCUCAGACGACAUACGGGAGAAAAACCUCACUCUUGUACUCAGUGCACCAAGACCUUCUGCACUAUCCAGGCACUGAAAGCGCAUAAAAUAAGCCACUCUGACGAGAAGCCUUUCUUGUGUCAGUUGUGUGGGUCGAGGUUCAAAACGAAAUCUUGCCUUCAAGCUCAUGAGUCGGUACACUCGGGAACGAAACCGUUUUCUUGUACGCACUGCCACAAAGCUUUCAGGACCAAAACGCUACUCACAAGUCAUAUCACGACUCACACCGGCGAAAAGCCCUAUCUGUGUUCACUUUGUGGAAAAACUUUCAGGCUUCGGGAUAGCCUCGACAGUCACAAGAAAACACACACGGACGAGAAACCUUUUCCAUGCCUGCAGUGCCUCAAAACAUUCAGGACUAAACAGCAUCUGAAAACCCACACCUUGAGUCACACGGGAGAGAGACCCCACAAGUGCUCCUACUGCGAGAUGCGUUUCGCUUGCUUGUCCACUCUCCAAAAACACCAAAUUCGACACACAGGGGAACGGCCACAUGUUUGCUCCCUCUGCGGAAAGACCUUUGCUCGGUCAUCAUCUCUAAGGAGACACCAUAUAGUUCACACUGGAGAGAAACCCUACAAGUGCACUGUCUGUGAGGCAAAGUUCUCCUACCCAGAGGGCCUGUGGACACACCAGAAAAAAGAGCACAACAUGGAGCAGUCCCACACGUGUCAGCAGUGUGGGCAGAGUUUUAAAUCAGCUCGGGCCUUGAAAUCACACAACUGUUCACAAGGUGUAAAUACAAUUGAAUCCCAGUAAAUGGGUAGGUGGAUGAAGCAGCAAGAGACACAUGAAGUCUAGUAGUGGAGAUGCAAGGUGAAUUAAUGACCUGAGACCUAAAUAUAAAAUGUAUUGCUUGAUAUUUGUUAAUGCACAAUAUUGAAUUUCACAAGUGUCAACUAUGUGCAUGUCGGCAGAGGUUAAAAUCCACUCUGGCUUCACAUGACAGUUCCUAAGGUGUAAAUAGCAUCAAGAGACAGUGGCCGCGUUCAUGGCGGCGCAUUUCUGCGCAGUGUGGAAGCUUUUUUCAACGGACUUGAUGUUAACUGUUAAUAUGGAUUCAUAUUCACACCACAUCAACAAUAAGUAACCAUCAAAAUGAGAUCUUGGCAUACCAUUAGCCAUUAUUGAUAUGAACAUGUUUAGUUUAUUACACAUUGAUUACAUUGAUGUUCUUCACGCUACUUCAUACUGAAGUCUGCUUCCACUGAAUCAUAACAACUUGCUGUCAAAAUCUGUAAGUAGGCUAAUGUUGGGUUUUUUUUGUUCUAUUUAUGUUUCAUCAGUUGUGUUUAUGCCAGUUAGUUAAAAUAUUACUUAAAGGAACACUGUGCAGGAAAUGGUCAAAAAAGGUACUGCAACUAUGCUGUUCAUUGAAACUGGGCUGCCUAUUGCCAAAUUUGAUCUUUUCAUGAAAGUUUACUCAGUAAUUAGCUAAUAUUUUCUAGUAUGGCCCAAGUACAGUCUUUUUUGUAGCUAAAAAUGGCUAUUUCUGGAAAUUCAAAAUGGCGGACCAUGGAGAAGAUCCUCCUUUUCAUGUAUGAAAAGUGCAAUUUUUCCAGUCAUAAUGAAUACUUAGAACUUGAUAGUGGUGGUAAGGAUUCAUGAAAAAUGUAACAUUAGUGACUGGGUCGCAUGAAUUCUGAAAAUAAACAACUAAAAAUCUUGCACAGUGUACCUUUAAAUGUUUUGUUGAUUCAUGUUCACUCCAUUCCAGGCCAAAAUAGGGAAAUAUUGGGGGAAUGAAAGGAAUAAAAUGCUGCAAAGAAACUCAGGAGGGUGUUGGUGUUUGUCAUGCGCUAUAGGCCUAUGGCAUAGUUUAAAAUAAUACUGACUGAUAAACUAAAUAAACACAUUAUCCUGGAUAAGUCACUGA